AUAAAUAUAUGCUUCAUUCUUGUACUAAACUUUUUUGUUAAUUGAAAUCUAUAUUCAAUAUUAUUAAGUUUUAUUAAUCGGUGGAUAAAUACAUCUAGUAAUCCUUAUUAUCUGAUUACUGUCAACAGACCGGAUUAUGAGUAAUUGUUUUUGUUCCGCUGUCGGUAUUCAUCAUUCGUUUGGUAAUUAGUAACAUGAAAUGUUAGCAUAUAUUUAAACCAUACUAUGGCAAAUUUUCCUAAACCUUGGGAACAAUAUGUGAGGAAUCAUGAUUCCAUGAAGUUCGCAUCUCAGGCAGAUAUAGGCCUACGAUCACCUCUUGUCAGGCAUGGAGUUCCUCCGUUACCUCCACGUUCCAGCUCCUCAUCAAGACAUAGACUCCAUCGUUACAACAACUUUUAUCAUAAUAGUUAUGGGGAUUAUGGUGGUUUUUAUUCCCCAUAUUCAACUUCAUUAUAUAGACAGCAAGACUAUGAAAAUAGAUAUAUUCAGAUGGCUGAGGAGUCAGCUCAGCCAGCAUUUGAUUCUAUAGAAGCAUUUAUAAGAGGAUUCAGCUCUGUCACAAUGAUGUUAGAAUCAACAUUCCAAGCUAUGAACAUGUCAUUCAGAGCUAUAUUAGGAGUCGCUGAAAAUGUUUCAAAGAUGCGAACUGCGAUAAUUGAGUUCCUAUCUGCCUUUGCAAUACUUAAAAUUAUGUAUUCAUUCUAUAGAAAAAUUCUCCACUUUUUGGGCCUGGUGAAUGGAAUGGAGGUUAGUUGGAAGUCAACGGAAAGAACCAUAGUCGAAGAAAGCUCUAGGAAGCGACAAUGGCCUAUUUUGGCUUUUCUUGGGGCAAUAAUUAUUGGACCUACUUUAGUCUACAAGUAUUUAUUACCUGACGAAGUUCCAGAUGAUGAAGAAGUAGAAAUUGUUGGGAUCUAUGAUUUCGAAGCAGAACAUCAAGGAGAACUUUCAUUCUCUAAAGGAGACAAAAUGACUACUAAAAGGUCUGAACUGAAAAAGAGUUGGCUAUGUGUAUCUAAAGCCAAUGGAAAAGGUUAUGUUCCUUACAAUCGAGUUGGUUUUGCUAAAAGAAAAACAGGAAAGCCAAAGAAUGAAAUAGAAAUUUACCCAGAAAACAUAACUGAUAUUUGAUUGCUUGAAUUGUGCUUUCAUUGGCAGAUUGUAGAGACAGAUAAUUAAAUGAAAAUAAAAAAUCAAACAUACUUGCUACUAUACUACCAGUGAUUAGUAGCUCUUUCCAUUCUCUUGUGAUUUUAUACAUCAUAGUAAAAUAGUUUUAUUUAUUUUUUGUAUAUAUAAAAAAAAUUCCACCUAAGGAUUUAGCCAAUUUAGUCACCUCCUAUUAUUUCACAGAAAACAAGUUAAAAAUAUUUCAAAUGACUGAUAUCUAAUCCUUAUACUCAAAAUUACAAUCAUCAUUGUUAUAUUUUAAACUAUUUAUAAUUUUGUGUACAAUAUUUAAUUAUUUUCAAUGUAUAAUUGAUAAUGAAUAGUUCUAAUUUUCAAAUUUCGCCUUAUUUUUUUCUAAAGGAUGAAUUAAAUUUAAAAUUUUCUGAGUCUUAAAAUUUGCAAUGUAUGAUCGUUAAUUAAUUUCAUUUAUUUAUAUAAGACAAUAAAUAUAUGUUCGUUGAAAAAAGCUGUUUUUUGUAAAUAGUUAAUGAAUAGGUUAUUCAAUUAUUUUUAACUAAAAUUUUGAAGGCUGAGCUGUGAAUAUAUAGGUAUAUUACUUAAUAUUAAAAUAAAAUCAUCAAUAAUGAAAGCCAAGAAUUUAUGUAUACAACCAUUGUAAAUUUUUUAUGACAGUCUGGAAAUAUUAUGUAUUGUGAAUGUCAAGUUUUCACUUGGCAGCAUAUGUAUGUAUUUAAAUAUUCUGAUAUUGCUAUUGCAAAUUUUUAUAACUGUUAUAACAUUUUCAUUAAUAAAGAAGUGUCUUAUUACUGGUUUUGAUGAAUAA